UCCACGGAUCAGCCCUAGUCAGCUACAACGCUGGGAUCAGCGCGUGCGCAAAAGGCGGGGAGUGGCAGUUGGCUAUGUCGUUGCUCGGCGAAAUGUGGGAUGCGGGGUUGACGCCCGAGGUAAUCAGCUACAGCUCUGGAAUACACGCGUGCGCAGAAGGCGGGCAGUGGCAGCAGGUGUUGCUUUUACUCGGCGAGAUGCGGAGGGCGAGGCUCGAGCCCAACUCCAUCUCUUCUCUAUGCUACAACGCUGGGAUCAGCGCGUGUGAAAAGGGCGGGCAGUGGCAGCUAGCGCUGUCGCUGCUCAGCGAAAUGCGGGAGCAGAAGACGGAGCUCGACAUCAUUAGCUACAGCGCUGGGAUCAGCGCGUGCGAGAAAGUCGAGCAAUGGCCGCAGGCUGUGUCAUUGCUCAGGGACGUGCGGGAGGCGAAGUUGGAGCCCGACGUCUCAUCUACAACGCUGGCAUCAGCGCGUGCGAGAAAGGCGCGCAAUGGGAGCACGCCUUGUCGCUGUUUAGCGAGAUGCGGGAGGGAAAAUUGGAGCCCAGCAGCAUCUCUUACAAUGCUGGGAUCAGCGCGUGCGAGAAAGGCAGUCAGUGGCAACAGGCGCUGA